UAUUAACUAAAGCAGUAUCUCUCUCUCAGGAAUUCUCACAUACUAAAACAAAGAAAACCUAUAGGAAAAGAAAUUUCCGAAAACCUGCUAACAAAGAUUCCUCUGUUUACUCUUUUUUUGAAGUAGCUAUGUGCAAUUCAAACACCACUCAUAACUUCACCACUAUCUCUAAGAUUGAUCAAAAACCAUCAAUAUCAUCACAAAAAUCUACUCAAACCCACUUAUUCAUUGAUCUUUUAUCACUACCCCAAGAAAAUCCCAAACAAAUUCAUGAAAAAAUAACAGCAUCACAAAUCAUCCAAGAAAGCAGAGAAGUUUUCAAGCUUGCUUUCCCUAUAGCACUCACUGCCUUAACCUUUUACUCUCGCUCCAUUCUUUCUAUGCUUUUUCUUGGCCAUCUCGGUGAUACUGAGUUAGCCGCUGGUUCUUUAGCUAUUGCAUUUGCUAAUAUUACUGGUUAUUCAGUACUCUCUGGUCUUGCUUUAGGUAUGGAACCUCUUUGUUCUCAAGCUUUUGGUGCUCAACGUCCUAAGCUUUUGUCUUUAACUCUACAAAGGUCCGUUGUUUUCCUUCUCUCUUGUUGUUUGCCCAUUACAUUCCUUUGGGUCAACAUUUCCCAUAUUUUACUUUAUUUACACCAAGACCCCAAUAUCACCCGUUUAGCUCAUACUUAUCUUGUUUUUUCACUCCCUGAUCUUAUUACUAAUUCCCUUUUUCACCCUAUACGUAUUUACCUUCGAGCUCAAGGUAUUACGUACCCGCUCACGUUAGCUUCCUUAGCGGGCACAGUUUUACAUUUGCCGCUUAAUUAUUUGCUUGUCUCUUUGCUUCAACUCGGUGUAGCAGGCGUUGCGAUUGCCUCCGCCACGUCGAACGUGGCGGCGCUUGUUGCACUUGUUUUUUACGUCGUACACGACAAGCCGACAUGGACCAAACCUAGCCUUGAGUGCUUGACCGGGUGGAUGCCGCUGGUUCGAUUAGCCGCACCGAGUUGUGUUUCGGUUUGCCUAGAGUGGUGGUGGUACGAGAUCAUGAUAUUGUUGUGUGGACUACUUGUGGACCCCAAAGCCACCGUGGCAUCCAUGGGUAUUUUGAUCCAAACCACCGCUUUCCUCUAUGUAUUUCCCUCUUCUCUUAGUUUCGCGGUGUCCACUCGGGUCGGUAAUGAACUUGGUGCAAACCGACCCGACAAGGCCCGACUAUCUGCUACGGUGUCAAUCUUCUUAGCGGGUUUGAUGGGCUUAUCAGCUAUGGUUUUUGCAACUACAAUGAGAAAUUCAUGGGCUAAAAUGUUUACUUACGAUGUACGGAUUAUAGAAUUGACGUCGACGGUUUUACCCAUACUAGGAUUGUGCGAGCUCGGUAACUGUCCGCAAACCGUAGGAUGCGGAGUUGUGCGGGGGACUGCGCGGCCAACCACGGCGGCGAAUGUGAACCUUGGUGCAUUCUAUCUAGUGGGAAUGCCGGUGGCGGUUGGGCUUGGAUUCUGGAUAGGAUUGGGUUUUGUUGGACUUUGGGUCGGGUUACUUGCGGCCCAGGUUUGCUGUGCUGGGCUGAUGUUGUAUGUGGUAGGGACCACCAACUGGGAUUGUCAAGCUAUGAGAGCAAAGGUGCUCACGUGCACGGGAUGUGGUGGCAAUCCUGUGCUUCCUGAUUCUAACUAUGUUGAUAAGGAGCCGUUGAUUUGUGUGAUGGUGACCUCAUCAAACGCGGAUACAUAGGACUGGUUGUGAGCCAAUAACGAUUAUACUGAUUCUUUUUCUUUGUUGUACCCUUUUUUUUUCCCUUCAUAUCUAGCUUUGUUC